ACUUCUUUUCACACGGUUUUCUUGAUCAGGAAGUGUGUGUAUUGAAUACAAGGUUAUGCAUCUCUGCGUAGCCAAGGAAAUGUUGAUGAGCAUGAACCAUUUCUGUUGUUUUAGCCCUGCAGUGAAAGUAAGCUUUUAUUUGCUGAUAUGUGCACACAGGUCAGAUUCGUCCCCUCCCAUCUCUAUAUUGAUUUGUUUGCUAUUGCCAUUCCCUGCCUGUCAGCUACUUAGCAGCCCUGCCUCCCCCUAAUUCUUAUAGAUGGGAUAAUGUGUGUGUGGGGGGGGGGUAGUUUUAUUGCUAUUAGCAUCAUAUCUACAUCACAGUGAGAUGACUUGUGAAAGUGAGGCCAUUAUCGUCAUAUAGACAGUGUCAGUGGACUAGACAGUCAGAUUACAAUGAUUUCUUAAGACAGAUGUUUGCUAUAAAGUUUUAGUCCUGUCUUGUGUUUAUUCUGUAUUUAGUGACUGUUUAGUCCCCAAAAAGGAGCAAAAGCUGUCACUGGGGCGGUAUCUUUUCACAAGAUUGAAGAUGUCCUCCACUCCGCUGGCUGAGGCAGAAGAGGAUGUGUUUGAUCUGACGGAGGCAGUUCCAGAGACCGAACGACUUGACAGCAGUCUACAGAAAGCCAAGGCACAACUGUCAAUCAAAACCAGGAGGCAUCGGCCCUCCCGAACCCGCCUGAGAGACAGCAUGAGCUCCAUAGAUGGAGAUGACAGCACUGAUAGAUUGAGUUAUGGCGGCUCUGUGCAGACCUCCUCUUCUCCAAUCCACCCUUCCUAUCGCUGCUCCUCCCCCUCCUCUGACCUGCUCCUUUCCUCCCCUUCCUCACGGAGAGACCGAACAUUCACCUUUGACCCCUACACUGUGGUUGGAGAAAGGGAGGCACAAGAUGAAAGACGGAGCUACAGGCACCUCCUGAACACUUCCUCUCAAGAGGCUUUGCCCCUCACCUCAUCUAAGUCUCCCUCCAGGCCCUGCGUCCAUUCAGAGACAUCUUCACCUGCCCAUCUUUGUCAGGCGGACCACCUCAAGUCACGUGAGGGCAGCCAACCCCUUCUACACUAUGGAGAAUUCUCACAGAGCGAAGACGACAGUCAUGACACAGGCCCUGAUGAACCUGAAAGUCCAACAGUGCUGCUGGACAAGAAAACCAGGAGACGCUUUCUUGAUCUGGGGGUCACUUUACGCCGCACAUAUGGAAAGGUCAGGAAAGACAGAUCCAACAGACUAUCAGCAGGAAAUCGGGAUUCAGAGAAAACAGAGAGCCGGUCCUCGCGUUCCUCUGGUCCACCGUUUGUGCCUUUCUCCUGGUUCAGUGAAAGAUUAAGAGGUUCUGGCUCCCCCAAGAACAUCCAGUCCCCAUCCAAACCUUUCAACCAGGGCUCCAGUACUGAUGAGGAAUUUGAUUCUUCAGUCGGUUUACUGGAAGACUCCAGACCCUGCAAGACUGAGUCAUCACAACCCUAUCAGACCCUCCCCGAGCAUUCAGAUGGGAAUGACUGUGACAGCAGCCGUGGCUCCGAUUUCAGUUUUAAAAAGAAAAUGCUUUCUGCUGCUGGUAAAGAUAGGACAGAGCGACAGAACGGAGUUCACGGAAAACGGGACAGCGGGAAAAAUGGACACAGUGAAGAUGGACAAAAACUACUGAACACUUGAUGGCAUUUCUGAAAGACUAAAUACAAUACGCUGCAGGUGCCAUUAUUAAUGUCAAACAUUGCAUUGGCUUUCACAAUGUAUUAUUGAUGGAUAUAGUAAUAAAGAGAACUUGCAAAAUUUGUA